AUGCCCCUCGUCGACCCUAUAACGAUGUCCAUCGUGGCCCCCGCCUCCUCCCCAAGCACACCAGCAAAACCCUCACAGCCAAUUGAGCUCCUCCCAACCCCAAUUGCACGGCUCGUCUCCCAAGCUCAUCCGGCGCUCCUCCUCUCAGCAUACUAUUUCCGAUUCCCAGCCUUCGUCGCAGACCCAGUCCCAACACUUCUAAGCUCACUGCUACCACUAGCAGUCGUGCAAACAGCAUAUGCAAUCACUUGCCUACCAGCAACAGGCUCCAACACCAAGCCGGCGAAGAAAGUAAAGCUCAAUGCGACCCGAAAGCCUGCCGCGGACCCUGGAACGGCAAAGGCCUUUGUAACUUCCCCCCUCUCCGCAUAG